CAAAUUCAAAGUCUUCAGUGAAACUUAUGACAAAAUGAAAGAAACCGAAAAAUGGAUUUUAUCUACUGGCACUUGCGUAGAAGACGCUAUCUACGAUUAUUGCAUAAACCUUAAUGAAGAGAUCCUGCUACAUUCAUGGGUUAUAGAUUUGGAAGACACUGAUGCUGAAAAAUUAUUCACCGAACCCGAAUGGACUGAAAUAAAAAAUUCGAUUCAAGUAUUACCAAAGGUUGACGAAGAUUUCGCGAAGUAUCUGCAGCGUUUUUCGAAUAUAAAGUCAAGUGAAGAGUUAAGAAAUUUUUUGGAAACAACUUCAUACAAAAGCAAUGAAAUACCAUACGACAGAGAAACCCAUUACGACUUUGAAUGGGUCGAAUUGGUCAUGAAAAAAUUUUUAACAGAAUACGAAGAUAACAAUAAACCCUUGCAAAGGUCACAUUUAGAAGGGUGGUAUGAUGUCAACAUAUGGUCACUUAUAGUAGAUCAUGGUUUAAAAAAUAUUCACGAUCUGGAGAUCGUAAGGAAAGAAUCCAACUGUAAGUCUUCAUCGGUAAAAAUUAAUCAAAGCCGUUCAAAGAAACGUCAUAAAAAAAUGACGAGAAAAAGAAUUGGCCCAAAAUUGGAUGGGGUGUUCAGGAUGUACGGAGAAAUGGAAUAUGGGGCGAUUGAAGUUGGAAAGGACUUCGACCAAACCAAAUUACUUUCCGACAAUUUUAAAUUAGAAAAGGUUUUAAAGGACAUGCACGUUCAACUAUGUCAAAAAAAUAAUUCUCGAAAAUUAAGGGUUCCAGGAAUACUUCAUCUGGGAUUAAAGAUGCAAUCCAUGCAUCUAUCUAAUCCUAAAGGAUACAUAUCCAUAAUUAAACGAGAAAAUAUUCAUGAAGUUCCUUCAAGUGUUGAAAGGUUAAAGGACAUGCUAAAACUCUUAGCGAAUAUUUGGCUUGUUAAAGCAAUCAUACUAGAGUGCAUCACAAUUGUUAAUGCGAGAAAUGAUAAUUCAGGUUUUUUGAGAGAAAUAAUCAACAUUGGAAAUCAAGGAGAAACGAGGGGGAUAAUUCCACCAUGGUC